AUGGCUCCGAGGAAGAGACGCACGAAGGCGGUAGCGAAGCCCCGUGCGGCAGAACCACGACGUUCGGGUCGUGUUGCUGCGAGUUCUGCCAAUGUAGCAGAACAGUCGGGUCUCGCCAUGUCGACCCUGAAAUCCGAAACGAGCUCACGAGCUAGAACCCCAAGAAGGCCUGCUGCCAGAGGGAAAUGGAGCGAGGAGCAGCUAUUGACGAGUGACAAGUCCCUCCUCAUUGACUUGGACCUAGUGAAACUGUUGGCGCGACCUGAAGCAUGGGAUUCCCUUGAGGAAAGCGAUAAGCGUGAAAUCCUCGCUCUACUCCCCCCAGAUGUUCACCCAGAGGCAUACGCUAUAUCAGAUGACCCGGAUGCAAAAAUAAAACCCAUCCCCGACUCCUUUAUCCGCUAUUCAAACAACUGGCGCGACGGCGUUCGACAGUUCCAGCUCGACCUCCAAAACGGCCGCUACGACCCCGAAUGGCUACGCCAGGCGCAGGAAGCCAGGGAGCAGCGUGAAAAUGGCGAAUUUGAUGACUUUAAAGAGCGUGAAUAUGAGCAGUUCUGGGGGCAGAAGCAGAAGGUCGUCUGGAAUGCCGCUGCUGGAGAAAGUGCACGCGUGAAGAUGGGGACUCUUAUCAAUGAAGGUGUCAUCCAGCUGGGCGACAUCUGGAAAUUUUACUAUGUUUACGGUAGAGGGCCCGGAAGAAUCGUCAUCGAAAAGGAAGUCAAGGUUCUUGACCGUGAUGGGGUGAAAUUGACUUUUGCAAUUCCGCCUGGUGAACGAGUCUUUCUUCGAAGCAAUUUCGACAAAGGAGAGCCCGUCUCGGUACCAGAGAAGGGAAAGGAAGAUGUGAAAGUCGAUUUCGACACACAGCCAGAGCCAGUGACAUCAUCCUGGAAUGAUAAACAGUUGAAAUAUGAGGACCCAGAAUCACAGCUCACCGAUGCAACCUCCGGUGGCGAUGAGAUGAAGCUUGAUACCGAUCAAGCGCCACAGGAUACCCCUGCUUCUUCCAAUGUCGACGAAAUGAAGCUUGACAAUGAACAAGCGCCACAUGAGAUUUCUACAUCUUAUACUGAUGACAUGAGUACCGACACCGUCACACAGCCAGUCAUUCCACCUUCAAAUGACGAAGCAACCAAACAAGAACCCCCAUUCAGCGUUAUUAUUGUCAGCCCCGGCGGUACGCGAAAUCAAAAACCUAAGCGCAAAAUUCCUGAGCCCAAACCCCAGCCCCCAGUGAAGCGCAAGCGAGGACGGCCACCUAAGAAUCCACCAAAGCAACCUGAACCAGAGCCACCCCAAGAACCGGAGGUGUCUCGGGGAAUAGAAGUGUCCCAGCGCGAUGAACAGAGCCCAACUGCUCCCGAUUCCUUCAUGGACAUUGUGGCUGCACAGAUUGAAGAAAACUGCAAAGCUGCUGGAGCAUCCUCCAACCCAAAGCCCUCGCAGCCAGAAUCCCCUUUGUCUGUGCUUUCUUCACCCCCUGAGCCGCUAGAGCUCUUUGGGCCAGAGUUAUCUGCGUCAGUAGAGGAGUCAUCCAUUGCCAAUACUAACGGCAAAAGUGAUAAAGCAGAAUUUUCGGAAUUUUCCAAAGCUCAGCUCGAUACACCUGGGUACAGCGUUGAGGCUCCCGUUGAGUCACUCAUUGAGCCACCCGUCGAGGCUGAGCAGGACAAAAUCACUAAACCCCCAAGUACUGAACCACAGAACGAUCUAGUCCCAACGCCAUCUCAAGCUACUGUCAGUGAACCGGAUGAGAUCAUUGUUUCCAACGUUUCCUCGCCACAAGCACUCGUCCAUAAGAUUCUACAAAUCGAUGGCCGCAUGCCGAACGGCCGUACAGCGAAUGCCUGGAAGGAAAUCCGUUGCUACCGAAAUAACCAGGACAUGGGCAGCCUCUUUGAUGUGCGAGAGGCUUGGUUCUUACAGCAAGGACAACUUGAGUAG